GAGAUCACAUGACCACCUUCGUUGAUAAAACUCGAACCUCUAACCUCUCCUCAGCUGGUCUUCGUAAAUUUCUGAGCCUUCACUACACAUUCUGCAUUCUUCCGCCUUCCUUCCCCUGAGUCACACAUCACUUUAUCACAAAGUGUGCAGGCGUCUUUCCCGGGCUGAAGAAGAGAUCCCCACUCCUAUUUGAUCAUGCAGUCUACAGUCCUUGCCCUGGUGCUGAUGGCUACCUGCUGUGCUCAUGCACUCAACAUCCGGCGGCAGUUUGUCCGGCAGAUGGUGGUGAAGGAAGAGAUCGAGGUCGUUGAAGACGGCCAGGGCAGCUUUGCCUGGAAAGAUCACGCUCUUUUCCGCUACCUCAAAGCAAACCACUCCCCCAGAUUUUCACAGGGCGUGACGAAGGGCAAGUCAAACCUAAAGAGCUUCAAGUGGCAGGACUGCGGCACCAGCGCUGAGAUCGUGAAGAUCCAGGGGCUGACGGUGACUCCUGACCCCGUGGUUCUCCCCGGAGGAAUCAGCGUCAAGUUCUCGGCCACCAUCAACGAGACUGUGGACGCUCCUCUUAAGAUGCAAGUGGAACUGAAAAAACACGAAGCCUUCAUUUGGAUCACCAUCCCGUGCAUCGAAAACCUCGGUUCUUGCACGUACGACGACCUCUGUGAGACCUUGAUGGGCGCCACCUGUCCACCAGAGUUUGUUAAGAACAAUAUCCCGUGCAAGUGCCCGUUUACCAAGGGCUCUUACUCUCUCCCGACCACCACGUUUCAAGUGGACACCAAUCAGGUGCCAUCUGGCGACUACCACGCUCAGAUCCACUUAUUCUACGGCACCAAGCCCGUCUACUGUCUUGAUGCCUAUGCCACGAUAGAUUCAAACUAGAUUAUUUGGGGGCGUUUUUCUGGCAGAGCUUGCAACAACAUUGAGGAUGAAGUAGGGAGAACCAUCUUAUUACGAUUGAUCAACAUUCCCAGUUUUGAACAUCCAACUUCUUAUGAUUGCCAUGUUACCCUUUAUGCAAAAUUUCCACUGAGAUGCUUUUGUUUGUUUCUCCAAAAACUAGCUAGCAUGCGAACAGGCUACCCCCCCCCCAAAAAAAGGUCAACUCUUGUUGAAGUCCAGCCCGUUUUGUGCAGGAAUGUUUGUGUUUGUGUUUAAAUAGCCCUGAGCGUAACACGUCCCCCGUCAUCUCACUGAAAUCUGUCUAGCUAUACUGUAUACUAUUGGCCAGUGAAGGAGGAGGCACUCUCAACUCUCUCCAUUUUUUAACCUUAUUUUUGAGGUAAGAAAUAACGUUUGUUUAAAAAAAAAACCCAAAAUAAACCAGUGAUCUGCUUUACCUCACAGUAUUUGAAAUUCUUGAUUUUUUAAAAUAAAUAAUAAAGAAGUGUGAUUUUGUAUCAUGUAACCUGCAAUGUUGGGUCCUUUUUUACUCUGUCCUGGAAAUAGCUCUCAUCAGCCCAGAAUUUUCAAUACUAACACAUUUUAAAAUUUUAAUUUCUUUCUUUUUUUUUUCCUUUUCAUUUUUAAGUUAAUUAUAUCUAACAAAACCUGUGAGUUUUCAGUCAUAUCUUGCAGAUUGCACUUUUUUUCCCUUCUUAUUCCUUUACAGAAUUAUUUUCGUGUCAAAGAAUGUGUGAACUGAAUGGCAUGUCUCUUCUUGAGGCAGUGCAGAGAGCUGCUGACUGCUGGCUAGUGAGAAUGCUGUACCUCAACUUUUUAACUUCUUUCUGUAUGCAAUAACAAUUGGCAUGUUUACAGAUCUGAAUGACACAUUUUUAUCUGUUCUGUCAUCACCACCUCUUUCUUUAUGUUUAUUGCUUCACUUUCUUUUGAUGUACCUAUAGUCUGCUCAUAAAUGUAUAAACACUAUUCUGUCCCCGUGGUUUUAUGCCCAAAAAAGUUAUGAAAUUUUGCAAUCCGAUCCCAAAAAUGUGAAAUUAUGCAGUUCUGUUAAUUUUAACAUAGAAUGAUAAAAGAAAAUAAUCAGAAAUUAUGCACACAAAAAAAAGAUGAAAUUUGGCUAAAUUAUGCAGGGUGCAUAAAACCAUGGGGCAGACUAUUGCAAUAGAUGUCAGGACUUUAGGCUUUGAACAGUAUAGCAGUCUCUGCACUUAAUCACAGUGAUCUCUUCACUGGGCACCACAAAAAAAAAGUGGGUAAAAGUAUCUCUCAAAAAUGUGGUGAAAGUCGAACAAGUGGUUGCUGAGAAUUCUUGCUUCAAAUGUUUGCACAAUUGUGUGGACGAACUAUUGAGAAAUUUGUGUGUGUGACUAUGCAGAGAAAGAAAGGACUCUUUGCAGUUUGCUGUUGCUGUCACUUUGAGAGUUUGUCAUGAUCCAGUGAGAAGACUCAAACUCAAAUGGUCACAACAUUGGAAUGGAUCUGUAAAAACUUUGUGCUUGUCCCGACAAAUUGAUGUCAUGUAGUUGAAGCUACUGGAACAUCGCUUUACUUCAAAUGUUCUGAAAGGCAUAGAUACAUGUGUGAAUGUUUUGUGUACCCUGAAGGCUUUUGGUAAAGCUCGUCCACCCUGAAGGCUUUUGGUAAAGCUCGUCCACCCUGAAGGCUUUUGGUAAAGCUCGUCCACCCUGAAGGCUUUUGGUAAAGCUCGUCCACCCUGAAGGCUUUUGGUAAAGCUCGUCCACCCUGAAGGCUUUUGGUAAAGCUCGUCCAAUUUCCUCAUGAAAAGUUGUGUGUACAGGUGUAAUCAUUUGUUUUUCUAGAUAGAUUUUGAUUUGGGUAAGUGUGCAAGUUGAAGCAGGAAAGAAGUGGGGGGGGGGGAAGGCUUUUUGUCUGUCUUGUAAUAUCUGCUCUGUAGAGAUAUUCAAAACAUAUUUAGUGCAUUUUAGAUGAAGUACACGUGUACCUCUCAAAGUGAUUAUCUAGCUCAAAGAUUUAUAAUGUGGUAAAUCUUACAACUGAUAUUCUUUGAAUUUGUCGCGCAGAACUGAAUGCCUUCAACUUCAUAUUUCAUGUCCAUGAGACUUUUGUCAUACAUUCUUUGCUUUGUAAUUCUGUAUAGUUUCUUUGAACUAUUGUUUAAUAAAGAAAAAAGUUUACUUUUUUAUAAAUUUAAA